UGAAAACAGAGACCAAAGAAAACCUGAGAUAAAGUGAGAAAAUAUCUGUAGGAGAUGGAGGGUCGAACCAGGGACCGAUUUAAAUCUCUGCCAGAUGGAGAGGUCCUACCUCCAUAUUUCCUCACCCCACAAUCUGCUCCAGGAGGAAUUCAUUUAAAGAAAGUGGUGUUUCUUGGAUAUACUGACAUGGCUGCUGCUGGAAGUCGAGCAUUGUUUGGCCUGAGUAUGGGUAAGGAGUAUGAGACGGUAGAGAUCCAUGGUCUGGAAUCUGUGGAAAUCGUUUGUAGGAGGGCAGAGCCUGAGGAGGCAACAGAGAGGAAAUUAGAGGCUAUCCAAAUCCUCCAUUGUAAAUAUGAGGAGUUCACUUUGUUGGUUUUCAACUGCUUGAUCCCUGCCUCUGUUUGCCAUCAUGUAGCAGACAAGAUUCUAAAUCUCUGUGUGGAAAGUAAUGUGGAAAAAUUGGUAAUUUUGACAACACAGAAAAUCUUACAACUUGACGAAUUUGAUGAUGAAGUGAUGCCUAUUUAUGAAAAUACCUACAAUACUGAUCCAGUGACAAAACACCUGCCAUUCCCAAAGGAUACAAAAAUUAUGGAUCCAUUUUUGUCCUCAUUAAUCCAGAUGAUUCAGUUUGAGGAUAUGUCCUGUCACAUUUUUACCUGCCCUGGCCAUAAGGCAGUUCCUGGACCAGCCAAUGACUAUGAUGGAUCUUUCCAGGCAAUCACCCAUUUUCAUGCUGUGUUAAAGAAGUGGUCUAGACUCCAUUUUGAUGAAAAAUUGAGUCAGUCUCUGACAUACAGAGACCCUGGAUCGGAUUCAGAUUUGAUGUAUGUUUAAUGUAUGAUGUUCUACCUUUUCAAUAAACUUUCAUACCAUUAUUUGUACAA